CUGCAGUGAUACCCUGAAAAUAAAAAUGCCCAGACUUUCAUAGCCACGUUAGUUCCGCCCAAGUCAGCCUCUCGUCUCUUUUUUAAUUUCUUCGAGACCCUUUUCUGCGCGGUCGGCCGUGUUCAUGUUUACCCUCACGCUCGUUUGGUGACAAGACAUGAUCCGUCCUUCCUUUUCCUCGGCCCUGCUGGGGCUUCUGGCUCUAGUAGGGAGUGUUGAUGCUGCAACCAGACCGUAUACUGUUACCUGGUCAGAGACAUCCCACGGCCCUGAUGGUCCCUGGCAGGCGAUUACGGUCAAGGUGGGCAGCAAGAACCAGGCUAUCGAUCUCUACCCUGGCGAUAAAUGGGAUAGCAGCAUCUUUCUCGACCAGAUUUGCGAUAACAAGACACUUUCUGAAAUAUGCUACGCUGAACGCGCCGGUACGUUCAACAUGAACGCCUCCACCACCGAGACCCAUCAGUCGGAGAGCCCGUGGAUGGACCAGACCUGGAACGUGCCCGGACAAAGGCGAUUCUCGGCUCUCGCUGACCGGAUUGAUUUUGGGCGCAAGGUCGACAAUGUCAGCAUCAGUGCCUUGUAUGACACCUACCAGACGUAUCCGAAUGGAAGAGCGUAUCCAGUCUCGGUGGGAACGUUGUCGCUGGGAGCACCACAGCGCUAUCACACCACGAAUGGAAAACAGAUGAACAUGAUUACAGCCGGGCUUUACUUUGCUGGUGGCGGGCAGUCUAUCCCGUCGUACUCGUAUGGGAUGCAUAUCGGGUCUGUGAAUGCCAAGAUCGAUGGCUCUCUCGUGCUAGGAGGGUUUGACCAGAGCCGUUUGGUGGGCGAUGUGAGCGCCCAGCCGGUGAGCACAACCGGGGUAAGUGGUGAACUGGGAAUCAGGAUGACCGAUAUUGGAAUCGGUGUUGCGGCUGGAUCUUCGCCGUUCGGCAACUAUACCACCAAGAACGGUUUACUUGGGUCGGCGCAGACUGCUGUCAUCGAUCCGGUCAGACCGUACAUCUAUCUCCCGAAGGCGACUUGCGAUGCCAUCACCGCCGACCUCCCCGUGACGUACAACGAAAGCCUGGGCCUAUACUUCUGGAACACGGACGAUAGCAAGUACAAAGACAUCACCACCUCAGCCACAUAUCUCUCCUUCUCCUUCUACGGCAACAACACCGCCGGCUUAACCACUACCACCAUCAAGGUCCCAUUUAAACUCCUUGACCUCACCCUCCAAGAACCCCUGGUCUCCACCAACACCUCCUACUUCCCCUGCUUCGCCUCCGACGAUGACACCUAUAUCCUCGGUCGCGCCUUCCUCCAAGCAGCUUUCAUUGGUGUAAACUGGAAAGACGCCAACAACGACGCAAUCUGGUUUCUCGCACAAGCCCCAGGCCCAGGAUUUCCCGUACCCUCCCUCCAGAGCAUCGAACCCAACGAUACCAUGAUCCAAGCCUCGCGCAGUACUUGGGAACAGACAUGGAACGGCAACUGGGAUCCGCUGGGUGACUCGGGCUCAGACUCUGGUCUGUCUACCGGUGCAAAGGCAGGAAUCGGGGUUGGAUGUGCCAUUGCGGGGCUUAUUCUCAUUGGUGCUCUUGCUUGGGUGCUUGCUUUGAGGCGGAGACGGAAUGCUGCUGCUGCUGCUACGGCUGCUCAGAGUAGUACUGAUUCUCAGUAUCAGACAUCUUUAGCAGCUAAGCCAGCUGAUCCAUUGAUAGCGAAGAACAGCGCGCCGGUGGAAUUGGGGCCGAAUGCUCAACCGCCGCAGGAGGCGCCCACGAAUCAACGAUAUGAACUGGGUUAAUUGAUAUAUUGGUGUAUAAUAAUGGAUGUAUGUAAUAAUAAUCAACAAAAAAAGGAUAAUACUUUCAGACCGAG